AUGAAUAUGAUGGGAGAAUUUAUAUUCUUCCUUGGACCACGAACUCAACAAUCAGAAAAGGCUACAUUCAUAUGUCAGACCAAGUACACCAAGGAAUUGACUCAAAAAUUCCGUAUGAGCAAUGCCAAAGUACUUGGAACCCCUAUGAGUCCCUCAAGCACUCUUGAUAAAGAUGAAGGAGGAAAACCAGUGGACGAAUCCAAAUAUGAUGGAAUAAUUGGAUCACUAUUGUAUUUAACAGCUAGUCGGCCGAAUAUUAUAUUUAGUAUUUUCAAAUGUGCCAGGUUCCAUUCAACUCCAAAGGAGUCCCAUCUGACUGCAGCAAAGCGAAUAAUACGCUAUCUUAUUGAACCACAUCUCAUAGAUUAUGAACUCUAUGAUGAUGCUCGAAGCUUGAACGACAGAGUACUAGGAAAGUGUCCUAUGGAGGAAGUUCUCGAAUCACUCACACCAAAGAAUCCAAAGAUGGACUUGAACAGUUCUGUUGAGUCCGAUAUCAAAUUCUGGGAUACCCCGAAUAAGGAUACAUUUAUUACCUUCAAAGAGAAAUCAAUCGCUCAUGGCAAAAUUAUUGAUCCGGUGGACAUGGAAAGUCUCAACUACAAAGUAAAGGGACUUUUCGAAUUUCAAGGUUGA